AUGCAAACCUUAGCUUUCUUUCUUUACAUUGGCUUGCUUUUCAUAUUUUCUGUUUCCUCAUUUUCCAUUGCCGUAACGAAGAUCCAGUAUCCCGUUAGCCGUCGUGGGCUAAUCGCGUUGAGACAAUCAGACACGGACCAAGACCAGGACUUGGACCCGGAUAAGUUAGUUGAUCCAAGUUUGAAGUUUGAGAAUCCAAGGAUCAAGAAGGCUUAUUGUGCUUUACAAGAAUGGAAAAAGGCUAUGAUUUCGGACCCGUUAAACAUGACUGGAAAUUGGGUUGGACCGAACGUUUGUUCUUAUUAUGGGGUGGGUUGUGUCCCAGCUCUCGAUGAUGAACAAAUAAGAACCGUUGCGGCUGUUGAUCUUAACUUCGGAGACAUUUCUGGACAACUUGUUCCUCAUCUUGGCUUGCUAGCCGAUCUCGGCAUUUUACAUCUUCAUUCCAAUAGAUUUUGUGGAAUCGUCCCGAAAACGUUUUCCAACCUUGAACUCUUGUUUGAACUUGAUCUUAGUAAUAACCGCUUUUCGGGCCUGUUUCCGACCCCUGUGUUGACAUUGCCAUCUUUGAGGUUUCUUGAUAUCAGAUUUAAUGAAUUCGAAGGCCCAUUGCCACCCGCACUCUUCGAUAAGGAUGUUGACGCCAUUGUAGUCAACAAUAACCGAUUCUCUUCGCACAUUCCAAAAAACAUGGGGAAUUCACCAGCUUCGACAAUAGUUUUAUCUAAUAACAAGUUUAGCGGGUGCAUACCGCGAAGUAUUGGACGGAUGCCAAAUAUAGAACAAGUUUCUUUUUCGAAUAACCGUCUCACUGGUUGCCUUCCGGAGGAACUAGGCAUGCCAAAGUUCUUGAAUGUUUUAGAUGUGAGUAAGAACUACUUUUUGGGUCCGCUUCCGAAAAGUUUGGAGAGAAUGGAGAUGAUCGAGAGGCUAGACGUUUCGAGCAACCAUUUAACUGGGAAGGUGCAUGAUAGCGUUUGCGGUUUAUCUGCACUGUGGAAUUUUACCAUCUUCGACAAUUAUUUCAAUGAGAUUGGCGGCGAAUGUGAAAAGCGUAGUAGGGAUAAUCUUAUUAUGCAGGAUAGAGAGAACUGCUUCUCUGGGAAACCAAACCAAAGAUCCCAACAAGAUUGUUCAUCGGUGUUGACCCGACCAGUUGAUUGCAAAACCAUAGGUUGUCAACCGCGAGAUCCUCUUAUCCUCGAACUUAACAAAAGGAAACCACCACUGGUUCAUUCACCCUCACCACCUGAUCCACAAACACCAAAGGUUACUCCUACACACAAAACAACGCAACUCGCAUCUCCAACACCACCCGUUGUAUCUCCACUACCCGCACGAGCCGUCAAAAAUUUUCCACCCAAGAUUGGUUCACAACAUUCGUCACCACCGCGAGGACAUUAG